UGUACGGAGAAAUAUUCGGACCUAUCCUCUGAGGGCGACCUUCCGAACUAUCUCGGCAGGGCCAGCUGCGCAGACGAAGAGUUGCAACUUGCCAGGGUUCUUUGUUUUCAUUCUCCACCCUCUUGCUUUGUUCGGCAAGGAUGAAGAGGGCGCAUCAACAGGUGCCCAUCGGUAUCGAUCUCGGCACGAGCUAUUCUUGCGUUGCCGUGUGGCGAAACAGAUGGGCGGAGAUUAUCCCCGACGAGAUGGGCAACCGCACCACCCCCUCCUGCGUCGCCUUCAACGACACCGAGCGCCUCAUCGGCCACGCCGCCAAGGCCCAGGCUUCCAUCAACCCCACCAACACCAUCUUUGAUGUUAAGCGUCUUCUUGGCAGGCGCUUCAGUGAUCUCUCUGCGCGAGGUCACGUGAAGACUCUGCCAUUCGAGAUCACUGCAAGAUCCGAUGACAAGCCGAUGAUAUUAAUUCAAUACAAGGGCAAGGAGAUGGAAUUUGCCGCAGAGGAACUAAUCUCCAUGAUCCUAAUGAGGAUGCGCAUCAUCGCCGAAUCCUAUCUCGGAUCCUCAGUCCACGACGCAGUGAUCUCCAUCCCGGCGAAAUUUAACGACUUCCAGCGCCAGGCCAUUAGGGACGCCGGUCACAUCGCUGGCCUCCACGUCAUACGUCUCAUUAACGAAGCAUCGGCAGCCGCCGUCGCUUACGGCCUCGAGAAGAAAGGCAGUAGAGGUUCCUGCAGCAACGGUGAGAAGAAUGUGCUUGUCUUCGACCUCGGCGGCGGCAGCCUCAACGUCUCUCUUAUUGCCAUCGAAGAGAGCAUCGCUAUAGUGAAGGGGAGCGCCGGCGAACUCUACCUCGGAGGCGUGGACUUCGACCAGCGACUCGUGAACUACUUCAUCCGUGACAUCAAGACGAAGCACAAGAAGGACAUCAGCGGCAACCACAGGAAGGUCACGAAGCUGAGGGCGGCUUGCGAGAGGGCGAAGAGGGCUCUCUCGUCGGCAACGCAGACGACGAUUGAGAUCGACUUCCUCUUCAACGACACCGACUUCUACGCCAACAUCACGCGCAGCAUGUUCGAUGAGCUUAACAACGACCUCUUCAGGAAGUGCAUGGAGGCAGUGGAGACAUGCCUGAGAGAGGCUCAAGUCGACAAAAACGAGGUGGACGACGUCGUCUUGGUGGGUGGCUCUUCGAGGAUUCCAAAGAUACAGCAGCUGUUGCAGGGCUUCUUCAAUGGCAAGGAACUCUGCAAGAGCAUGAAUCGGGAUGAAACGGUGGCUUGUGGUGCUGCAGCUCAUGCAGCGAUCUUAAGUGGCCAUGGUAAUGAUCAAUUGGAGGAUUUUCUGCUUUUGGAUGUCACUUCACUCUCUCUAGGAUUGGAGACAGCUGGAGGAGUCAUGAAAGUGAUGAUUCCGAGGAACUGCACCAUCCCCAACAAGAAGGAAGUGCUCUUCUCCACCCAACAGAGCAAACAGCAGGGCAGCGGAGUUUGUCAUGAGCUGAUUCAGACGGUUUACCAAGACGAUACAGUAGUGGAGAACUCGAGCAAGAAUACGGAUGACUCCUCCCCCUGUAGAGUAUCGAUUCAGGUGUACGAAGGCGAGAGAUCAAGGGUACGGGAUAACACACUCCUAGGCAAAUUCGAGUUAUCAGCCAUCUCUACGGGCACCAACGGAAGACCAAAUAUUAAGGUGACUUUCGACAUUGAGGCCGACUAUGCACUCACUGUUUCAGCCGAGGACAUGGUCACCGGCGACAAGAGGAAACUGAGCAUAACCAACAGCAUGAAUAGUCAGAACAAGGAAGAGAUUGAGAAGAUGGUUAGUCGAGCUCAGAAGCAUAAGGCGGAUGACGAUAAGCAUGCGAAGAAUGUGGAAGCCAAGAAUGCAUUGGAGAACACGGUUUAUGACAUGAGAAAUGCGAUGAGGGCGAUGGAUGAGGAGAUUGAGAAGGCCAUGAAUUGGUUGGAGAGCAAUCAGUUGGCAGGAGCCGAUGAGUUUGAAGCCAAAAUGGAAGAGCUGAGGAGAAUGUGGAACCGCAUCAAGUCCAAAGUGAAAAGACAAACAACAUAUGGAACUUAAUCUGCACCAAACUUUUGAAGGUGUGUGUAUUUCUUCAAGAUGCUGAACUUCGACUAUCUGUGAACUUGAAUAGAUUGAAGGCCAUGCUGCAAAUGGCUGUCACAGCCUUUUCAAUCUAGACAUUGAACGACUUAUUACCAUCGUUAAGCUUCCUCAGAAGUUCUUCACUUAACUUUCCUUUCAGAACUUUAGGUCGAUGCACAAACAAAAGGAAAGACCGGAGUCUGACCUUUUUCAAUCACAUGCCACACGUCGCUCGAUAAUUAGCCUAGGAUCAGUCAUAAAUCCACCACCACAUCCAAUUCCGGCCAUGCUCUUGGAAUCAAAGCAACCUUAUCACAUCUCGCCAAGAACACAGCAUCCUGGCGCUUUCCUCUCUCCGAACAAAAGCUGAGCCUGAUAAGGGAAAAUCCUAGAUUUUGGUCUUCAUUAAUUCCUCUUUGGUUUAUAUUUGUCUUGUUCCAGUCUCAGCUCCGUCUAAAAGAGAGAUUUUUUGUGCAAAAAAAUUGUAUUUUUUUCCUCCUUCCAACAGAUUGGUGUGAGUGAGUCGGAUGUUUAAGGGAUCUUUUUUGUGCAAAAAAUUUGUUUUUUUUCCUCCUUCCAACGGAUUGGUGUGAGUGAGUCGGAUGUUUAAGGGAUCUUUUUUGUGCAAAAAAUUUGUUUUUUUUCCCUCUUUGGUUUCUUCCUCCUUUCAUCGGAUUUGUGUAUGCCAUCAGUUGUGUUCUUUCCUUUUCCAUGUAAUGUUCUUGUAGGGCUGAGAGUUGCAACUGGAAGGCAAAAAGAUGCGAAAUUUUAACAGUUUGGGCUUCGGUUUGCGUCUUGUUCCAGGCUUCCUCUUCCUCGCUCUUGUUUUGGUGAAGCAGAAGAACAGAGCAGAGGCAUGGAAGAUGGCGGUCACAGGAGCUGCUCCGCCGAAGAUCUUUUCCUCCCUCUCUUUUGCUGGAGGAAACCAUCUUCCAUGAGUUCGGUGGCCAUCAAUCCGCAAGAGAUCUCUUAUCCGCUGAAGCCAAUCGAGGAAGAUGAUGGCACAUUGGAGCCAGAGCUGAUGAGGCUGCAGGGCAUUGCAGGCCUUCCCAGGUUUCUCUUCACCAAGGAGGAAACCAGGGAGGAAUUGGAGCCAGAGGACGGGAGAACCCGGAAGGGAUCAAGAGCUUGAGUGAUUUGUUUGUGACUUCAAGCACUCCAUGCUUGAUGCCUCUCGACUCCCCUCCUUUCUUCACUCCUCCUCUGACUCCUAUGUUUGAUUCGUCAAGCGCAGAGGAGUUCAUCAAGAUGUGGUCCUCUCCACCUCCAAAAUUCAAUUUUUUGAAGGAUGCGAGGAGAAAUUACAGAGGCAGAAAUCGAUGGAAGAGGCAGAAACUUAUGGUAUCCUGCAAUUAAUAAUGGAUACAUUCAAAACAUAAUGAGCCCACGAAAGGGAAAGGAAUGGAAGCACAAAUCCAAGUGUACAGAUAUUAUGAUUAACGGAAUCCCUGGGAAAGAUUGCUCUGAAAGUGGUACUUUUCUUACUUUCGUAAUAUUCAUUUCCUCUAUCAAAGUUAUUAAACAGUAAAACAAAAAAUAAUAAUAACAAAAAAAAAACAACAAAACACUAUCAAUUUUU